CUGCAGAUAGCUUUUAUGCUUAAGGUGCUACUUUGUGUCGGUCAGUUUGCUGUGGUCAGAAGAUGCAGACACAGGACUACAGGUGUGGAGUUCGCCGCCAAAUUCAUCAAGAAGCGGCGCAGCAAGUCGAGCCGACGAGGGGUGACGCGGGAGGACAUCGAGCGCGAGGUGAACAUCCUGAAAGAGAUCCAGCACCCGAACGUCAUCGCGCUGCACGAAGUCUUUGAAAACAAGGCGGAGGUCAUCCUGAUCCUCGAGCUGGUGGCCGGAGGCGAGCUCUUCGACUUCCUGGCAGAGAAGGAGUCCCUGAGCGAGGAGGAGGCCACGCAGUUCCUCAAGCAGAUCCUGGAUGGAGUCCACUACCUGCACUCCAAGCGGAUCGCUCACUUCGACCUCAAGCCGGAGAACAUCAUGCUGCUGAACCGCUCAGUGCCUCACCCGCGCAUCAAGAUCAUCGACUUCGGACUCGCCCACAAGAUCGAUUUUGGCAACGAUUUUAAAAACAUCUUUGGAACUCCAGAGUUUGUAGCUCCUGAAGUCGUCAACUACGAACCUCUGGGCCUGGAGGCAGACAUGUGGAGCGUCGGUGUGAUUACCUACAUCCUCCUGAGCGGAGCCUCUCCUUUCCUGGGCGACAACAAGCAGGAGACUCUGGCCAACGUGUCGGCGGUGGACUACACCUUCGAUGAGGAGUUCUUCAGCAACACCAGCGUGCUGGCCAAAGACUUCAUAGCGAGGCUGCUCGUCAAAGAUCCAAAAAAGCGAAUGACCAUCCAGGACAGCCUGCAGCACCCCUGGAUCAAGCCAAAGGACACUCAGCAGGCUCUGAGCAGGAAGGAGUCGGCCGUCAACAUGGAGAAGUUCAAAAAGUUUGCAGCCAGGAGAAAGUGGAAGCAAUCGGUCCGACUCAUCUCCUUAUGUAACCGCCUGUCCCGCUCCUUCCUGUCCAGGAGCAACAUCAGCGUGGCCCGCAGCGACGACACGCUGGACGAGGAAGACUCCUUUGUGAUGAAGGCCAUCAUCCACGCUAUAAAUGACGACAACGUGCCGGGUCUGCAGCAUCUCCUCGGCUCGCUGAACAACUACGAUGUGAACCAGCCCAACAAGGUGACGCAGACACGCUCAAUCCUGCAACGCUGUUCUCUCUCCAACCCUCAGAGCGGAGCCAACGCCAUCUACUACGCGGCGAGACACGGCCACGUGGCGACCCUGAGAUUCCUCCAUGACAAGAAAUGCCCGCUGGAUGUGCAAGAUAAGUCCGGCGAGACGGCGCUACACGUGGCUGCUCGCUAUGGCAACGUGGAUGUGGUGAGCUACCUGUGCAGCAUCCGAGCCAACCCGGACCUGACGGACAGGGAGCAGGAGACGCCGCUGCACUGCGCCGCCUGGCACGGCUACUCUCCGGUAGCCCGAGCUCUGUGCCAGGCGGGCUGCCACGUGGACGCCAAGAACCGCGAGGGGGAGAGCCCGCUGCUGACGGCCUCUGCCCGCGGCUUCGUGGACAUCGUGGAGUGCCUGGUGGAGCACGGAGCCGAGCUGGAAACCACCGACAAGGAAGGACACACAGCUCUCCACCUGGCUGUGCGUCGCUGUCAGGUGGAGGUGGUCCGCUGCCUCCUCAGACACCGCUGCCAAGUGGAUCAGCAGGACCGCCACGGAAACACGCCGCUCCACAUCGCCUGCAAGGAUGGAAACCUGCCCGUCGUCAUGGCGAUCUGCAAUGCUAAGGCCAGCCUCGACCUCCCCAACAAGUCCGGCAGAACUCCGCUCCACCUGGCGGCGAACAACGGGAGCCUCGAGGUCGUCCGCCAUCUCUGCCUGGCCGGAGCGAACAUCGACGCCGUCACCAACGUAAGGCACCUCUCUGUUUUACCGCUCGGGCGGGUGCAGCUCGUCAUCAUCGUGACUGUCAAUGUCUUCUUCUGUGGUGUGUUUUUGGUUCAGGACAACCACAAGCUGAGCUACAUCCAGCAGCUGCGGCCCACUCAGACGGUCCAGCCCCGGAUCAAACUCAAGCUCUUCGGACACUCGGGAGCCGGGAAGAGCACGCUGCUGGAGUCUCUGAAGUGCGGCAUCCUGCGCAGCUUCUUCAGGAGGAGGAGGACGCGCAUGACAAACGCGGCCCGGCACCCCAACUCGCCCGUCAACUCCAAACCUCCCGUGUCGGUGAGCAUUUCCAACCUGUACCCCGGCUGUGAGAACGUGAGCGUGAGGAGUCGCAGCAUGAUGUUUGAGCCCAGCCUGACCAAAGGCGUGCUGGAGGUCUUCUCCCCCGUGCACAGCGCUCUGUCUGCGGCUGACGAACAGGCCACCAAGGCCAUCGACAUCCAGCACGCCAACAUCCACGGCGUGGGAGAUUUCAGCGUGUGGGAGUUUUCUGGAAACCCGGUCUACUACUGCACCUACGACUAUUUUGCGGCCAACGAUGUCACAGCGAUCCACGUGGUCCUGUUCAGCCUGGAGGAGCCGUACGAGACCCAGCUGGGCCACAUCACCUACUGGCUGAACCUGCUGAAGGCCCUCACCCUGCCGCAGGAAAGCAUCUCUUUCGGUGGUCGGAUCCAGCAGCCUCUCGCGGUCGUCCUGGUGGCGACGCACGCCGACCUCGCCGACGUUCCCAGAGCGUUCUCCGGAGAGUUCAGCUACGACAAAGAGAGGGCGCUGCUGAAGGAAGUCAGGAACAGGUUUGGGAACGACCUGCAGAUCAGUGACAAACUGUUUGUGAUGGACGCUGGAGCCUCAAACUCUAAAGACAUGAAGCUGCUGAGGAGUCACCUGCAGGAGCUUCGAGCCAGCGUCGUCUCCAGGUGCAGUCCGAUGACGCUGCUGUCGGAGCGUCUGCUGGCCGUUCUGCCGACCUGGAGGAAGCUCAGCGGACCCAACCAGCUGAUGUCGUGGCAGCAGUUUGUCAGUGACGUGCAGGAGCACAUCAACCCGCUGGUGAGCCAGGAUCACCUGCGCACGCUGGCCCUGCAGCUCCACAGCAUGGGGGAGAUCAACAUCAUGCAGAGUGAGACGGUGCAGGACGUCGUCCUGCUGGAGCCUCGAUGGCUCUGCAGCAGCAUCCUCGGCAAGCUGCUCUCUGUGGAGACGCCCAAAGCCAUCCACCACUACAGGGGGCGCUACAGGCUGGAGGAGGUGCAGGCCCUGGCGCCUGAGAGCGACGUGGACGAGCUGCUGCAGAUCCUGGAUGCCAUGGACGUCUGCGCCCGGGACGUCACCAACCCCACCAUGGUGGAUGUUCCCGCGCUCAUCAAGACAAACGGCCUCCACCGGUCCUGGACCGAAGAGGAGGAGGAGGAGUCGCUGCUCUACGGAGGCGUCCGAAUCGUCCCGGCCGAGCACCUCACUCCUUUCCCUUGCGGCCUCUUCCACAAGCUGCAGGUGAACCUGUGUCGCUGGAGCCACCAGCAGAAGCCCGAGGAGGACGGCGCCGACGACAACGAUGGAGAUAUUCACCUGUGGACCAACGGCGCCAAAGUGAGCCAGGCAGGAGUGGAGGCCAUGAUCCUCCUGGUCAACCACGGGCAGGGUGUGGAGAUUCAGGUCCGUGGACAUGAUUCUGAGCGGGCCAAGUGCUACACCCUGCUGGACACCCUCUGCAGUAUAACAGAGAACCUGCUGGCCUCCACGCUGCCCGGACAGCUCACCGCCAAAUACUACCUGAGCCCUCAGCAGCUGCGGGAACACCACGCCCCCAUCAUGGUCUACCAACCCAAAGACUUCUUCCGGGCUCAAGUCCAGCGAGAGACCUCGCUCACCAACACCAUGGGCGGCUAUCGGGAGAGCUUCAGCAGCAUCCUGGCGUUCGGCUGCGCUGAAAUCUACCAGCAGGGGAUUCUGGGAACGGACGUCCACAUAUCGGACGUGCCGCUGCUGGCUCGCAGGAAGCUGUGCCGCAUGCUGGACCCUCCAGACGCCAUGGGGAAAGACUGGUGCCUGCUGGCCAUGAACCUGGGCCUCACUGAAUUGGUGGCCAAAUACAGCAACGGGACUCCAAACGGCACCUCUGAGCUGGACUUGGACUCGGACUCCCAGCAGGCCGCGCUGCAGCCCAGCCCGACGGCGGCUCUGCUGCAGGAGUGGAGCGGGCGAGCGGGCAGCAGGGUCGGCGUACUGAUGGCGAAGCUGAGGGAGCUCGGCCGGCGCGACGCCGCGGACUUCCUGCUCAAAGCGUCGCCCGUGUUUAAGGUUAACACGGAGGCGCUGGGAGGAGCCGCCAACGGCUACCCGCCAACCUGCAACGGCGGCACAUCGUACAACUCCAUCAGCUCCGUCAUUUCCCGCUGAGGGCUCGCUGUCCCCGCCAGACGUCAGGGGGUCGCUCUGACACGACGGACUCGUGCAAUCUUUCCGGUCCAGCU